UUUUUUUUUAUUCCAUAGUACAACAACUCAACUUACAUUCAUUCACACGUGCACACACACAUAUCUAUAUAUCUAUAUAUAUACACACCGACUAAUUCCCUAAAUAGGAUGGACGAACAAAUAGCUUUAAAAAAUUGGCAAUUGGAAAAUAACGUUAUGGUAAGAGGUAAUGCAUUCACGGUCAGGGGGAACAUGGAGGUGAUGGGACUGAUGCAAGGUAAAGUACAAGGGGAUACUAUGAUUGUAAUGGAUGCGUUUGCGUUACCAGUAGAAGGUACAGAAACUCGCGUUAAUGCACAAAAUGAGGCGUAUGAAUACACGGUGACUUAUAUGGAACAAAGCAAACAAGUUGGUCGAUUGGAAAAUGUCAUUGGUUGGUAUCAUUCUCAUCAUGGUUACGGUUGUUGGUUAUCCGGGAUUGAUGUGGGUACUCAAAGUUUAAAUCAACAAUAUAAAGAACCUUUUGUGGCCGUUGUAAUUGAUCCUAAUCGAACCAUGUCUGCUGGCAAAGUAGAAAUCGGUGCUUUUCGAACGUACCCCAAGGGAUACAAACCAACCGACAGUGAACCUACUGAAUAUCAAACCAUUCCAUUGGACAAGAUUGAAGACUUUGGUGUUCAUGCAAAAGAAUAUUAUCCUUUGGAGAUUUCCCACUUUAAAUCAUCAUUGGAUAAUCAGUUAUUGGAAGUGUUAUGGAAUAAAUACUGGGUACAUACAUUAUCACAAUCUCCUCUUUUGACCAAUCGGGAGUAUGCUAUAAGACAAAUGGCUGAUUUAACACAGAAAUUGGAACAAACAAACUAUGGUAUGCUGGGUCGUAUGGGUGGUUAUUAUGGUGAUCGCAAAAAGAAUGAUCGAAGUCAAUUAAGCAAGGUUACAAAGGAUAGUUCAAAAAUCACUACUGAAGCCAUGCAUGGAUUGAUAUCACAAGGUCUCAAGGAUCUCUUACUCAACCAACGACAAUGCCAUCAUCCACAUUGA